AUGGCAAUUUACCACGAUAGCGGCGCCGGCGGGCCGGAUGACUCCCAUAGAAGGUAUAGAAGUUUACCUGAGAAUAGGGUAAUCAUCACACAACACUUCACUGAGAGGACAGUAACGCCUGGCGGUGAUAUUAGCAUGCAAUGUGCUGCCACUGGGGACAGACCACCCCAAUUUGUGUGGGAAAGAGAUGGCGUAAUUGUUACUAGUUAUACUGAAAAUAGAUACGCUUUAGGUCAAGUGAUGACGUCAGAUAACUCAGUUGUCGCCCAACUCAACAUCACCAGGGUGAGAGUAGAAGAUGGCGGUGUGUACUCGUGUACAGCAAGAGAGGGAGAUCAUGUUGCGUCUCAUGAAAACAGACUUGAUGUUUAUGGACCACCAUACAUCAGGUCAUUACCGCCAAUAAAAAUUCAAAGUGGGGAAUCUGUCAACUUACGAUGCCCUUAUUACGGAUAUCCUAUUAGCAAAAUUGAUUGGGAACACAAUGGACAAAUAUUAAACACAAAUAAUUUAUUUCAAAGAUAUAAAAGAAAUUUACAUCAUACAAAAAGAAAGAUACGAAGAGAAGUCCCAUCUGUAAAUAUUAAUGGAGUACUGAACAUUGCAGAAGUAAGCAAGGAACAGAAUGGAGCUGUAUAUACAUGUAUAGUUACAAGUCCUUCAGGAGAAAUGGCAAGAAGAGCUUUUGAGAUACAAGUUAUUGAGGCUCCAAUUUUAGAAGAUUUAUUAUUAGGAAAUAAUUUACAAGAAGGACAAAUAGUUAAUAUUUAUUGUAAUGUUAGGAGUGGAGAUUUGCCUAUACAUUUUGAAUGGCUUAAGGAUGGCAAGAGGAUACCAAACAGUUUAAAGGUUGUUGAAAGAAGUUCCGAAUUGUUUAGUGCACUAGUAAUUAAGAAAGUGUCUUUAGAACACUGCGGUACAUAUAUAUGCGUUGCUUCAAAUCACGUUGCAAAAGUCAAUCGAUCCACUGAACUCUACAUUAAAGUGGCUCCUAAAUGGGUGGAAGAACCAAGCAACUCUUCGCUUCUGCUCGGCAGGAGAGGAACAGUGUCUUGUAGUGCCAGUGGGUAUCCGCAGCCACAAGUACACUGGAUGAAGAAAGACGCUAUUUUAGGAACAUGGCAGCCAGUUUUAGAGCUAGCUGGAGGUGGCAUCUUGAGUCUACCAAAUGGUACAUUAGUUAUAGAAGAGGUAUCUCUGACUGAUGAAGGAUUGUAUUCCUGUAAUGUUGAGAACGGAGUGGGUCAGCCGCUAAGCAAGACUGUUUGGAUGAGCGUAAACAAGCCUGUUCACUUCGAAGCAUCAUCGACAAACCUGACAUCCCGUUUGGGACACCCUGUAACACUGGAGUGCAGGCCGCUCGGAGAUGACCCUAUAAGAGUGACAUGGAUGCAUGAUGGGAAUCUUGUUGAAACACAAAAUCAGAGGAUGAAGAUUUCAGAGUCGAAGACUAACCAAGGAGUGUUUAGUGCUAUAAGUGUGCAAUAUUCAGAGACAAUGGAUGCUGGCCUGUACCAGUGCAGAGCCAGCAACCCAUACGGAGUUGCUACGUACAAUAUGCGAUUAACGAUAUUAGAACCACCCAGUCCACCUUCAGACCUUCAUAUAGAGACGGUACGAGCGCGGACAGCAGUGGUUUCCUGGCGGGAUGCACUACGAGCUAACGCCAGACACUACACUCUACAAUACGUGGUCACCCAGUACGGUGACAGUGUGUGGGAACAUGCUACUAACAUCAAUGUUAGCAGGAAAGACACGGACAUCCAUCAAACGGUGGAACUGCAGAACCUUCGGCCAGCAACUGCGUACGGUAUACGGGUGGCAACUGGUAACCAGGUUGGGAUUAGCCAGUUCACAAUACCUGCACAUUUCACGACUCACGAAGAAGCACCAUCAUCAGCUCCUGUCAACUUACAAGUAGAGCAGACGGAGAAUCCUGGCGAACUGUACGUCUCCUGGCUACCGCCUCUUAAGGAGUCACACAAUGGAAUAAUAAUGGGGUAUCACUUGAAAGCGAUACCUCAGAACGGUGGAACAGAUGAGAACAAUAAGAAGACUUUGAAAAUAACGCAGCAAUCCGGAAAGCAGGAAACAUUGCUCAGUGGCUUACUCAAGAAUACAAGAUAUUCAAUAUCAAUAUCAGCAUUCAACAAUGCUGGUUCCGGGCCUUUCUCGCUGCCUGUAUUUCAAGAUACUCGAGAAGGAGCUCCAGAAAAAGCGCCGUCUUCAGUAGAAUGCACUGCAGUUUCCUCAACAUCAUUGAGGGUCGGUUGGCAACCGAUUGUGUUACCCGGACAAGGCAAUUCUCUUGUAGGAUACACCAUAUUAUAUACGACAGAAGACGAUGCCUGGCAUAAUCAAACAUCACUCCACACUGAACUAUAUCUUCAAAAUCUGCUGAAGUAUACCAAUUACACAGUGAAAGUUGCCGGCUUCUCUAAUUAUGGAUCUGGACCGUAUUCAUACCCAAUAAUCUGCUCUACAUUACAAGAUGUUCCAGGGUCACCAGCAGACAUCAAAGUGUUGGUGCUAUCGUCAACAUCUCUCCUCGUCAGUUGGAAGAGACCUGAACAUCCUAAUGGGGAAUUGUUGUAUUACACCAUAUAUGUGAAACCCACGUCAAGCAGUGGCCCGCCUCAGACGCACCGAGCUGAUGAAUCCAGUCGGAACAUUGUGGAACUGAAGGAUUUGACCACAGGACGCACGUAUGAAGUAUGGGUCACAGCAUCUACCAGGGCUGGAGAGGGUCCACCCACGCGGAGGAUAUCACAUGCACCAACUCAUCGAGUGGUCGCAGGUGUGGCCUCUCUGGGUGGUAUAAUAUCAGUAGGAGUAGGGAGUUCUUUGCUUCUAGUUUGUCACUGUGUGGGAAUUCCACCACCGAGGACUGUCUGGUACCACAAACACAACAUCAUCACCCACCAUCCUAGAUUCACAAGAAAUCAUGAUGACAGCUUACUUAUAAACAAUAUAGACCAAUCAUUAAGCGGUAAUUACAGUUGUUUAGCCAAAAACCUGUACGGUUCAGAUUCCGUGGAGUAUGUGGUGAUAGUUCUACCACUUCCAGAAGCUCCAAUACUAAGAGCGACGCCAUACAAAGACUCUAUCCUGGUGGAAUGGGAGCAACCGUAUUAUAUCCACAGCAAUAGAAGUUCGCGCCAAAAGAUUUCUUAUAGUCUCACAUGGAAGGAAGCUAAUGGACCGUGGCACGAAGCGUGGCCAGCGAACAAACUGCCGAACUUGUCAGGGAUACAGAAACAUCUGCUGACCAGUCUGAAAUGCGGCACCAAGUACUCCUUGAGGAUAGCUGCCACAAAUAAAGUGGGGACUUCACAGCCAGCUUAUAUGGACGUUAGCACUUUGGGUGGAGUACCCAUUUCUCCAACAACUGCAGACUGGUUAUGGAGUAACUGCAGUCACAUAUAUGUACAAUUGGCCGGAUGGGACGACGGAGGCUGUGAUCUCCGAGGAUGGGACGUGGAAUACAGGCAGCUCGGUACCAGAACCUGGAUAAGAGCACUGCAUCCAAUAUCAUACGACGAACAUUCCACUUGGAAUCUCCCAUCCCUGUACCAAGAGAAGUCGAUAUAUCGCACCGGAUCAUUUGUGGUCCCCGAUCUAUCUCCUGGCACUUGGUACCAGGUCCGAGUGACUGCUAUGAACGAAGCGGGCAGCGUUAUCUCUAUUUACAGUUUCGCCACGAAGAAUAUGGAUGGCAGUGAGGUGGGCCCGCCAUCAGAGAUGUUUGACCUCAACAUGCUUGUUAUAAUAUGCAGUUCUAUACUACUCACGGUCUGUCUGUUGAGUUGUAUAUACAUAUUAAUAAAACGUCAACGAAGCAAUUUCACUGACUACAGGGACUCAAUGACAGUGGACAAUAAAUCGGAGAGUGGUAAUUUGACUGCCAACACGUCGCACACAAAUUUGGCUAAUAUGAAAGAUAAUUCAGUAAACGCACAGAACAGAAUAUACAGCGCACCAAUACAUAUGAGAAAUAAUAGUAAACACGAACUCUACGAGAUCAGUCCGUACGCGCAAUUCGCAGUUGGCUUCCGUACUUUCGGCCAUGUUGAAAACCAAGAUAUGCCUAGUCGACACAGCAAGCACAGAUUUGAUAGUGAAACGAGUUUUCAGGUGUGCUCCGAAUCUGAAGAUAGUGACAGUAUAUCAAAAUCUACAUUAAAAAGUGUGCCACGAAAGUCAUGCAGAACACCUCAUCAUAGGUAACUAAAUAAGG